CGGUGGCAGUAUGUGGCGCGUCUGUGCGCGGAGGGUGCAGAGUGCUGUUCCCAGGGCCGGGUUCAGGGCUCGGUGGGCAACUUUGAAGGGCCCGCGGACCGGCCCCGCCGCAGUUCGUUGCGGCAGUGGGAUACCCAGCUAUGGGGUCCGCUCGUUGUGCGGCUGGAGCUACGGCUCUGCCACCGUCCCACGUAACCGCAUACUGCAACAACUCCUGGGGUCGCCCAGCCGCCGCUCUUAUAGCCUCCCUCCGCACCAGAAGGUUCCACUACCUUCACUUUCCCCUACAAUGCAGGCAGGCACCAUAGCCCGCUGGGAAAAAAAAGAAGGGGAAAAAAUCAGUGAGGGUGAUCUAAUUGCAGAGGUUGAAACUGAUAAAGCCACUGUUGGAUUUGAGAGCUUGGAGGAGUGCUAUAUGGCAAAGAUCCUUGUUCCUGAGGGGACCAGAGAUGUUCCAGUAGGAUCUAUCAUUUGUAUCACAGUUGAAAAGCCUCAGGAUAUUGAGGCCUUUAAAAAUUAUACAUUGGAUUCAGCAACAGCUGCCACACAGGCAGCCCCAGCCCCAGCUGCAGCUCCAGCUGCUGCCCCAGCUGCACCUUCUGCAAGUGCUCCAGGUAGCUCCUAUCCCGUUCACAUGCAGAUUGUUCUUCCUGCCCUCUCCCCAACCAUGACCAUGGGCACCGUCCAGAGGUGGGAAAAGAAAGUGGGAGAGAAGCUGAGUGAAGGAGACUUGCUGGCAGAGAUAGAGACCGACAAGGCCACCAUAGGCUUUGAAGUACAAGAAGAAGGUUAUCUGGCAAAAAUCCUGGUCCCUGAAGGCACAAGGGAUGUUCCUCUGGGAACCCCGCUAUGUAUCAUAGUAGAAAAACAGGAAGAUAUAGCAGCAUUUGCAGACUACAGGCCAACAGAAGUGACCAGCUUAAAGCCACAGGCACCACCACCUGUCCCACCCCCAGUGGCAGCUGUUCCUCCCAUCCCCCAGCCUUUAGCACCUACCCCCUCAGCCGCUCCUGCUGGACCAAAGGGAAGGGUGUUCGUUAGCCCUCUUGCAAAGAAAUUGGCAGCAGAGAAAGGGAUUGACCUCACCCAAGUUAAAGGGACGGGACCAGAAGGCAGAAUCAUCAAGAAGGACAUUGACUCUUUUGUGCCUACUAAGGCUGCUCCUGCCGCUGCAGCAGCUGCUCCCCCGGGUCCAAGAGUGGCACCAACUCCUGCAGGUGUCUUCAUAGACAUCCCCAUCAGCAACAUUCGUCGAGUGAUUGCGCAGAGGCUCAUGCAGUCGAAGCAGACUAUACCUCAUUAUUACCUUUCUGUUGAUGUAAAUAUGGGAGAGGUGCUGUUGGUGCGGAAGGAACUUAAUAAGAUGCUUGAAGGUAAAGGAAAAAUCUCCGUCAAUGACUUCAUCAUAAAAGCUUCAGCUUUGGCCUGCCUGAAAGUUCCUGAAGCAAACUCAUCUUGGAUGGACACAGUUAUACGACAAAAUCAUGUGGUUGAUGUCAGCGUUGCUGUCAGUACCCCUGCAGGACUUAUCACCCCUAUUGUGUUUAAUGCACACAUAAAAGGACUGGAAACCAUUGCUAGUGAUGUUGUUUCUUUAGCCUCCAAAGCAAGAGAGGGUAAACUUCAGCCUCACGAGUUCCAGGGUGGGACAUUUACAAUCUCCAACUUAGGGAUGUUCGGAAUUAAGAAUUUCUCUGCGAUUAUUAACCCACCUCAGGCAUGUAUUUUGGCAAUUGGUGCUUCCGAGGAUAAACUGAUCCCUGCAGAUAAUGAGAAAGGCUUUGACGUGGCUAGUGUGAUGUCUGUCACACUCAGCUGUGAUCAUCGAGUUGUGGAUGGAGCAGUUGGAGCCCAGUGGCUUGCUGAAUUCAAAAAGUACCUUGAAAAGCCUGUAACUAUGUUAUUAUAAUUUCCCUGCGAACUUCUAUUCUUCCUCUGCUGACAUUAUAUUUAUAUGUUAUUAAACAGGUGGUUCUUUUAAAGUUUCACUAGUUAAUUUUAUUAUUGAGUCAGUCCAGAUAAAUUAUUUGUAAUAGACAUAAAUGAAUCUUUUGUAAAUGCCAGUUACACCCAAAUGUUUUACCCCUUUAAUAAUUACACAUCGGUUUAAAGCUGUGUACUCCUAGUGAAGGGACAUGUGGCCUAACUCUUUGGUGAGAAGACCUUCCUGGGAGUAUAGAAUGGGCAGGAUUGUGGCUUCCUGCAGACAGACUCAUAAAAGUAACCUGGAUGAGAUCUUGGAGUUUAGAUUUAAUUGAUUCAACUUAUUUAAGUGUGAGGGAAACAGUCGUGAAAAUUACUUCUUAUGGGAGGAGUUUGAAUUUACGUUGGAAUCUAACAGUUAAAGUCUCCUGUCACAUGACCUUAGUUUAUCACUCAGUAAGUGAAACUUUUAAGAGUCAGCAUUUUCUUAGACCUCUUCAAACCAACUAUUAUUUUUAUAUGAAUCUCUAAAUAAAAUAGCUUUCCCCACAAGAUAAAGAUAUAAACCAGCUUCUUGGUAUAAAUGAAAUUUUAUGUAUUUAUUUAUAAACAAUUUCAAUGUAUAACUUGAGAAUUCUGCAGUUUCCUCCAAAUAAAAGAACAUGCAUAUUGAAAUGAA